AUGGAGGAUGUUGACCUCACAGAGCUCAUCCAAACGGCUAACGAUGCCAGUACCCUCAUGGAAACCCUGUCCCUCCAGUGUCCUAAAUCACCUACCCCUUCCUCCCUCAUUCCAGAUCUUUCAUGUGCAUCUUCCGUCAACGAGCCUGUCACGCCCUCGAACAUAGACCCGGCAACCGCCGUCAUCUCACCAUUACCCUCCGCAGAAGGCCAGGCUCGCAUCCGCGCCCGCAGACAACACCGUCUAGCCAAGAAAUGCCUCAAAAGACAGGCCCGAGACCGCCUCGAUUCCCUCUGGCACUCUGGAUCCACAGAUGCCAUCUUCUACGGCCUCGUCGUCCUGGCGCCGCGUCCAUGUGCAGGUGAAUUCGCCCAGACCAUCUGCCAAAGCACCUCGUCACUGGGACAUCUUUCCCUCUGGACAGUCGCCUCUGCUAAAAAAGGGGAAGGAUUCGGAUAUGCUGUCACCUCGCAGUUCCAAGGCGAAUCGUGGAAGUACAGACUCGGCAGGACGGACAAUGCUCGCGGUAUACUCCACGCGCAAAUGUUGGGGAUACAGCUCGCAAUGGAGCAGGCAGUUUGUCAUGUGAAGGAUUUCCCACCGACGCCGCUGACCGGUAUGACUGUGAGAGUCUUUUCAGACUCGCACAGCGCGUUGAAAAGGAUUCGUAGCCUCCCGUUUGUCAGUAUCCAGGGGGCGCUGCAGUCAUUGAAGGACGUGUUGGAAACGCUCGAGGCCAUUUCCGAUUUAUCACAGGAGCUGGACUUUUUAGGCGCAAAGUUGGAAAUACAUUGGGUUCCGGCGAGUGAGAAGGUCGCUGGCAUUCGCAUUGCCAAGUCGGCGGCAAAGUAUGCGAGGUUGAGCACCCGCGAGACGCUGGAGAAUGAUUGGACCCCUGCUAUGCCGGCGAGGGCUGCGAAUAGGGCUCCUGGCGAUCCUGGGCCGUCGAAUUUGCGGUUCGAGAGCACGAGCGAUGAUACUGUUGUUGUGGAGAAGAAUGUUGAGGAGGUUGCUGAGGACAAGGAGGCGAAACCGUGGUUGCACAAGUUGCGAUGGUUGAAGGGGUGUUUUUAA